AUGCAGUGCGUCGUCCUCUCGGCCACUUGCGGCGGCUCACUGGCGGCCUACCGCGUUGCGCGGCGCACGGCCUCGAGCGCUGUUCGGUCGGACGCGGCCUACCAGUGGAUCCCUCACGACGGCCCGGCGGCGCUUCGGGGGAUGGACGCGGGCGCGCAGACGUUCGUGUGUGCGAGAAGUGCAUUGAGACGGUGGACAGUGGCACUGCGUUUGCACGGAAUGCGGCGAAGCGACGCCGUCACGAGACGCGAACACGGACGUGCGCAUGUCGCAGGAGAAGAUACUGUCAGGUGCGAUGAACAGCAAGAUCCAAUCGUCGGAGCAGUGGCAGCAAGUGGUACGUCGCACGUGCCUCAGCACAAUGGCGUUUGUGGACCCGAAGCACGCGAAGAAGGCGGUGCGAGCAUGAAGGGCAGUGGCAGCCGUGUCCGCUUGAUGGACUGUGGCGUGCACGGCCUGGACGGCAAGAUGGGGAAUACUGCGACUCGAUUGCAGGGGCGCGGCCGACGCUACCGUGUGACACAAACGGUGCCAGCUAGUGAGACGGACGGGCGUUUUAGCUCGAAGGGUCCAUUUUGA